CUGAAACCCCUUAACUGAAGAAGGGUGUAGGCCCGAAACGUCAGCUUUCCCGCUUCUCUGUUGCUGCUUGGCCGGCCGUGUUCAUUCAGCUUCACAGGGUUGUUAUCUCUGACACCUCCAACCGCCAGGAUUGGGAUUGUGAAUGAGUUCCAGGUUUUGUGGAGCCUCCCACCUCUGGCUGUCCCCACUUGUGAGGAGGAGACAGAAGACAAGUAUAUAUUGAAGUGUUAUUCGCUUGUAACGGUGGAUUAUUCGAGUUGAUCGAGCGUGGUCUUUGUAUCUCUUCAGUUAGCUGCAAUGGAGCUGGAUAUUUACCGUGUUUGAGCCCCUGACUGGCUAGCUGACCUUCCUCAGGUCCUCGGAAUUACUUUUUAGGUGCAAGAAAAACCAGCACAAUCGGUCUGGUAAUCUAUUUUGGAGGAAAAUUGUAAGGCACCUGCAACAUUUCAGUGUAACGCAUCCCUGGCAAAUGCUCAAUUUUUCACUUUGUCCAUCUAUUCUGCCAUGUUUCACGUAACUGCAUUGAAACCAAUUGCAAAAAGGAAGAUGCCUUUCAAGUUUAAUAUUGUAAACAUGAUGGGCAAAGUAGGCAUCUUGAUCCUCAGCAUGCUUGUGGAAUCUGUCCACUGUCAAUGGAAGCACACCCAAAUAUCAGAAAUUGGGUCAGACCUGGGCAUGAAGGUUUUCAAUCAUGUUGUUAAUUCCAAUCCAACAGAGAACACAAUUGUAUCUCCCCAUGGAAUUGCCUCUGUACUUGGGAUGCUGCAGCUAGGUGCAGGUGCAAGAACAAGACAGCAAUUGAACAUUGCUCUGAAAUACAACUCUUAUGGUAUUUACAAGAAAGUCAGAAGGAUACACAAGCCUCUAACCGAGAGCAGAAAUCAGAGCAUAAUAACUAUUGCCAAUGGAAUAUUUGCACCCAGUGACUAUGCAAUAGAACAGUCUUUUCGUAGAAAGAUUAAAGUCCUGUAUCAAGCUGUAGUGAGAAAUGUGCAUUAUGACAAUCCUGUGGAAGCUGCAUCAGCAAUCAACCUCUGGACUAGAAAUCAAACCAGAGGUAUGAUUACAAAUCUGAUUUCACCAUCGAUGCUCAGUGGAACCACCAGGCUAGUGGUGGUCAGUGCACUUUUUUUCAAGGGUUUGUGGAAGUCAAGGUUUCUCCCAGAAAAUACUCACAAUAGGGAUUUCCAUGCAGCUGAUGGAAGUGUGUAUCAAGUUCCAAUGAUGUCUCAAAAAGCAACCUUCAACUUUGGUAUGGCCAUCACACCAACUAAUGUGAAAUAUUAUAUCCUUGAGAUGCCAUACCAUGGCGGCACAAUCAGUAUGUUUGUUGUUGUCCCUGAAGAUUAUAAUAUCCCACUCUCUACAAUUACUCCUCACCUCAAUGUACAAUCUAUACAUGACUGGAAGGGAAUUUUGAGAGAAAAAAAACUUGAUAUCGUCGUCCCUAAGUUCACCGCUGAGGCAGAGAUCAACUUGGAGAAACCCCUUUCAGCUCUUGGAAUCACAGAUAUGUUUGAUAAAACUAAGGCAAAUUUUGGAAAGAUUUGCAGAUCUGGUGAGCUGUAUGUUUCACAGGUAUUACAAAAGGCCAAGAUUGAAGUGAAUGAAGACGGAACUAAAGCUUCAGCAGCAACAGCUGCAAUUAUGAUGGUAAAAUCUUUGAGGAUUAUUCCUUCAUUUGUGGUCGACAAACCAUUCGUCUAUUUUGUACGGCACAAUCCUACAGGGACAGUCCUUUUCAUUGGACAAGUUUCAAAACCAUAAAAAACCAAUUUCGAUAGGACAAGUUUCAAAUGGAUUUCCACUAUAAAUGCAGGAAAUGUCGAGUUGCUGCCUUCCAAGUGGCUUGGUGAAGUGCAGUGCUAAUGUAUACAAACACCUGACUUUAAGAAUGGAAUGAAUAAUAGCUUUACAUGGAUACAUUUUUUACCUUGCAUUGAAUAUUUGAUUUUGGUCUUUUGUAUACAGAAUUUUAAUAUUUGUUUUAUACACGUAUAGUAUUGCACCUGAGAGGAACACUAAGCAUUUGAGCGAUUCUUCUUAUUUUUUAUUUUUUGACCAUGUAUUACUAGAUCAAAACAAAGUUCUGAAAUAUUAGGUGGAAAUGUUGAACAGUUUUUAUUUUUGUUUGGGCAAAUGGUCAAGUUGUUUCAGUGAGAAAUGUCAAUGUGCUCUUAUCCAAGAUAAAACAAAGUUUCAAAUAAUUCUACACUGAUUCAGUUUUGCAUAUAUCUUAGUUGUGUAGAACCACUGUCCUGUUUUUUAUUGGAAAGUUGCCCAGCGUUCUCAUUCAUUAUGGAGCUUCCAUAUAGUAAUUUCGGACAUGGAAAAGGUCAGCAAACCUCUAGAUUUGCACAGUAAUUCACACUACUCUCUCUCUCCAGGCUAAAUUUUAACCAGUUUGUAGUUAAAUAUUUUGGGGUACAAACUUUAAAAAUUUGAUAUCUACUUUGUUGUGCAAGUUGCUGCCAUAUUUUUUUCAAUAAUAAACACUUCUUAAUUCUCAGAAGCAAUUCAAAUUAUUUGACUAAAUGUUGGAGUAAUUGUGUAUUAAUAUUUAUUGAAACACGAGGAAGUAACAUGGUUUCCUGAAUAAUUAUUAUAGCAAAGAUCUUUCUGGUAUUUUGACAUGUUAUGCAAUCUGAUUUGAAAGAAUGCUUUACGCUAAAAUCUAAUCAUUUAUUACCAAUAACCUUUCUGUUAUUAAAUACUACCAAAAAAUUGGUGUCCUAUCUGAAUGCUGAUGCCUCACUGCUUAUUUGUGAAAGUUCAUAACAUUAAAAUUUGUGUUCCCCAUAUGUAAGGUAUGAAGAUCAUCCUUUUUUUUAAAUGCUCUUCAAGAUUUUGUUUAAUCUGCCUAAAUAGGAAUUUCUGGUUCGACAUACAGGUUUUAUCUGAUCUAUGAAUUUGAACAAAUUGUAGAACAUUUGCAAUAAGCAAUGGAAAUGUUUUUAACAUCUUAAAUGAAUUCAGUACCAUAUCUACUUGACUGUCAUGUGUCACAAAUCUUUUCAUGUAAGAAAAGCACUUUUGAGGCUAUAAAUGUAGAUUUUUCACUGGUUCCAAAAUUGGCACUAGCUAGUGUUUUCAGAUUUUAAGUUCCUUCUCUGGCACUGUUCCAUAAGUCUGAGUACACGAUUAUAUACAGGGAUAAAGACUAAAUGUAAAAAUAUUUUAAACAUAUUUUAGAUUUCCAGGGUUGCAUCCUUGUCACUUUUUCCCCAUUUUUGAAGAGGUCACUUUGCACUAAAAACAUUAGAUCUUAAUGUACAUAAGAUUGGAAGUUCAUAAACUGUUUUAAUACCAAUGUUCUCUGGCAUCUGAUCAGUGAGUUUUAUAAACUUUUUUUUUUGGUGAAUGUUUUUAUGAACAUGACUUAAGGAGACUUUGUUUAAAAUAACUUCUAGAUCUAGGCUGUAUGAAGUUUCUCACUCCUGUAACUUCACAAAAAUGUCAUCAAUAUUUAUUUGAGUAGUUUUGAAGUAGCAUGGAGAAAAUUAUUUUUCAGGUUUCUGUAUAAUCCAACCGUCCUUGCCUCCAAGCAUUGGCCUAAGUGAUGGGCUGGAAAUUUGAAGAUGAAUAAGCAAGGUUAAAUGCUACAAUGUGCUAAUUUGGUGCUGCAUGCUCAGUUGGUUGGACAGCUUGUUGGCAAUGCAGGGUCAUGCCAACAGUGUGGAUUCCAUUCCUGGCCCAGCUGAGGUUACCACGAAAGACUCCCUUUUAUUUUUUUUUGAGGUGCGGUGACCCUCUGGUUAAAGCACCACCAGUUAUUAUUUUAUUCGUCAUGAGAGAGCACUCCUAUGUCCUGGUAGGACUAUAGCUACCUACUUACUGUAGUAUCCAACCAGUGAUAGCUGGUGCUUUUUUUUUUAUUUAAAAGCUGUGUUGGCAGCUAAUGCCACCAGAAGUUAACCUAUACCACCUCAAUGAUUACAACCAGAAAAUGCUGGAAAUAAUCUGGCAGUAUCUGUAGAAAUUACUUUUGAUCCAUGCCCAUUUUCAACAGAACUGACAUGUUGUAAGUACUGCACUAAUGUGACACUGACUUGGCAUGCAGAUGCUACUGCUUAAUUUUCUUUUAAACCACAAUGUAAAAAUAAAAGCCACAUAGUACAGUUGUUAGUCUGGUGGAUGGUGUAGGUCUGCUGGUGAAUGGGAAUGUUGGAAUUGCAAUUAUUGGAGGGUUUCGGGGGCAGCCUGACUAAAAGUAUUAUGUCACCUGAGGAGGCAGCAACUUACUUUUUAUUUUGUAGUGGCAAAGACUCAUCUACUUUUUUGAUUAGAGAUGAACUGUGCACUAUACAGCACUCUGGUGUUUUGACACCAGAGUUAUACAAGGCUUCACAGCAUUUCAGACGUUGGAAGCAAUGGCACAUUAAAACAAUCCAUGCUGUCAUGUUGUGUGGCAGUAUGGCUUUCUUUGAAACAAGCUAUGUGUUGUUUUUAUUUUUGACACUGGAUUCACCAGAUAUGCAGCCAGUUCUUAACUUGGUAGUCCUCCCUUUUGGCGUUCCCUAUAGAUAGAAUCAGGGCAUGAUAGCUACAGCUGGGAAGUUUUCUUGAGCUGACAGCAUGAUUUGUUGCCAGUGGUCUCCAAUUGAUUAUCAAGGAAAUAGAGCUCUUCCAAUUCCAGUACACAAAUUUACAUAAUACAAUAGCCUGCUGUCACUCAAGGCAAUGAAACAUGGCCUGGUUUUGCUGAAAGUGAUUUCCCUCCCCACUCCUGACCUUUGCCAUCCACAAUUGCACAAACUCUGGUAGGUCCAGCAGCCAGACAGGUGGGAGUUGGAAAGUUCAUUUUGUUAUACUUCCUCAGGUACUGGCAGUGAUGUUCAUGCUCACUCUUAAGAUUGAAGCUGUUGCAGUUAUGUUCCUUUUCAAACUGGAAUUGAAAACACUUGAUAGGGUCAAAGCCAACCAUUGAAGAAAUCUACUUUUUAAAAGUCUAGUUGUUGAUUGGCUAAUUAAAAUAAUUUGCCCCAUCCUUCACUAGAGGGCAAGGGAGACAAGAGUCUUGGUUGCAACUGAGAACCUCAAGGAAUGGGAUAGGCCUCAAGCAAGUGGGAGGAUCAGGGAACAGGUCAUGAACUGAGAUGGCAGGCAAGAUGGGGAAAGAGCUGCAGAAGAGUUGGCAGUGGCUACAAUUGAAACAUAUAAAAUAAUCAGAUGGUUGGAUAGGGAGAGCCUUUUUCCUAGGAUGGUGACGGCGAGGACGAUGGGGCAUAGCUUUAAAUUGAGGGGAGAAAGAUACAGGACAGAUGUCAGAGGUAGUUUCUUUACUCAGAGUAGUAAGGGAAUGGAACGCUUUGCCUGCAACGGUAGUAGAUUCGCCAACUUUAGGUACAUUUAAGUCGUCAUUGGAUAAGCAUAUGGACGUACAUGGAAUAGUGUAGGUUAGAUGGACUUGAGAUCGGUAUGACAGGUCAGCACAGCAUCGAGGGCUGACGGGCCUGUACUGUGCUGUUAUGUUUUAUGUUCUAUAAGCUUCAGUGAGCAAGGGAGGCUGUUCUAAUAGAUGUGACCAUGACCUGAACACCAACGACAGUGCAAAACUGUUUAGAAACUGCUGUGACUGAGCACGCAUAACUCAACAUUUUAGGUAUUUAGAUGUUUACUUGUCACUUACAGGGAUUUGGGCCAAAAGCCAGAAAAUGGGUUUCAUAUGGUCAGAUCUACUGACCAGCAUGAACACCCUGGGGCCAUUAGACCCCCUAUUGUACUGUGUACACAAAUGCAUUGUGCCAUCUAACACAGGCUAAAUCGAAAGACAGCAUUUGAGAGGCAUUCCGGCAAUCUUGUUUUCUUUCCAUAAGAAGACGGUUGAGAAUCAUUGUGAAAGGAUAGUGACAGCAGCCCUCUUAGGUUGCAUACGUGAAUUUUGGUAGUCAUGCCUCUGAGGCCGCAGGAGCAGUUGACAUUGAACAGGGUUGUAUGCAAGAUAAUAAAAUGUGAGGCUGGAUGAAUACAGCAGGCCAAGCAGCAUCUCAGGAGCACAAAAGCUGACGUUUCGGGCCUAGACCCUUCAUCAGAGAGGGGGAUGGGGAGAGGG